GCGAGGCGGAGGAGAGCGGCGGGCCGGGCCGGACCGGACCCGGGGCGGGGAAGGAGCGGUGUGCGCCGUCCGAUGCCUUUCGAAUGCAAGACUGCUGACAUGCUUUGAGGGCUGCCUCUGCUUUCCUAACCAUGAACAGUUCGAAAUCACCAGGGCUCGCUGGAUUUGGAAUCUUAAAAAACACAACCUGCCACACAGAGAAGAAGAUUUCAGUUUUCUUUUCAAUCAUCUUCAUGACAGUGGGAAUUCUGUCCAACAGCCUUGCAAUAGCAAUUCUCCUGAAGGCGUAUCAGCGCUUUAGACAGAAAUCGAAAGCCUCCUUUUUGCUUCUUGCCAGUGGUUUGGUUGUCACAGAUCUCUUUGGCCACCUCAUCAAUGGAGCCAUCGCCGUGUUUGUGUAUGCAUCAGAUAAGGACUGGAUUCGCUUUAACCAGUCCAACAUUCUUUGCAGUGUUUUUGGCAUCUGCAUGGUUUUCUUUGGUUUGUGCCCACUCUUCCUGGGCAGCGUGAUGGCCGUUGAACGGUGCAUUGGAGUCACUAAGCCAAUAUUUCACUCUACAAAAAUGACUUCUAAACAUGUGAAAAUGAUGUUGACUAUGGUAUGUCUGUUUGCUGUUCUUAUAGCUUUGCUGCCUAUUCUUAGGUUUAGAGCCUAUCAAAUUCAAGCAUCGAGGACCUGGUGCUUCUAUAAAACAGAACAUGUUGAGGACUGGGAAGACAGAUUUUAUCUCUUACUUUUUUCUUGCCUUGGGUUACUGGCCCUUGCUAUUUCAUUCUUGUGCAAUGCUGUCACAGGAAUUACCCUCUUAAGAGUCAAAUUUAAAAGUCAACAAAGACAAGGCAGAUCUCAUCAUUUUGAAAUGAUCAUUCAGCUCUUGGCUAUAAUGUGUGUUUCUUGCAUUUGCUGGAGUCCAUUCCUGGUGACAAUGGCCAGAAUCGGGAUAAAUGAGAAUCGUUCAAAGGAGACCUGUGAAACAAUACUUUUUGCUCUCCGAAUGGCAACAUGGAAUCAGAUUUUAGAUCCCUGGGUGUACAUUCUUCUCCGGAAAGCUGUACUUAAAAACCUGUACAAGAUCACAAGGGGAUGUUGUGGCGCACACAUCAUAAACUUACACAUGUUGGAACUCAGCUCCAUCAAGAAUUCUUUGAAGGUUGCAGCAAUAUCUGAGUCACCAGUAAGUUCCAAACAGAUAAACCUACAGCCACUCAGCUCUACAGGGCACUAAAGUUAUCAUGGUGUAUGAAGAGGUGAUGGAGGCAAUGCUCAUUCAUGGGCAAUACCUUAAAGUGAAUUCCAAGGCUCAGUGGUUUAGCAUUUGUUUCAAAUUGUGAGUGGUUUGCUCUUGUUGCUUACUGGUCUGAUAUUGCUACUCCAAAAAAAUGCACUUGAAUGUUUUAAUUCCCUUUAGAAUGCAUCCUGUCCAAAACUGGUAGUAGGAUGAUAAAUUAUUCUGUAUUUUUCCUUGCAGGUACUGAAGUGAACAGGGUUCCAUAUAAUUGUUCCCACCAAAUUCUCAGCAGGCACAGCAGGCAUCUUGAGAACACAUGCAAGUGCAAAAGUGAUCUCCAAGGUGAUUUUUAAAAGGGGUAGAUUUAUCUCCCAGUGAUACUCCCACAUUUUUGCAGAGUCACUGUUUCCUAGGGUAAAGUCCACCAUCCUUUCCAUAAGGGUAUUCUUUACUUCUGUGCAUUGCAUUUUCCAACAGGAUGCAUAAAAGACAUUUUGUUUGUGCCCAGCUUAUUAAAUGAUCCAGUUUGCUUGGUUAAUUGAUUUGACUUCUCAAUUAUUUCUUGUUCCAUUAAGUUUUGGGAGAGCUGCAAUCUUCAUCAGUGUAAGUGUUCCUUUUCUGUGGGAACAGAGAAGUGGGUCAGCUUGCUUCCUUACAAUUACAUUUUUAGAUCUAUCAGUCAGUAUUUAGUACUUUCAACAAAUUUUGUUGAAAUUAACAGACAUAAAGCUGUGGUUAGUCUGUAAAAAAAGUAGUUCCCUUGCAAAAUGCAUAUAUUGAACGCCUCAUGAGGUACCUCUUCUUUUGUGAAAGGUCACACUGUGUGUGACCAAAGGAGCACCUCUGUAGGGAGCUGCCCGGUGAGCCUGGUUGUGUUUGUGAAAGCAAACUUCAUGGUCAAUUUUUGCAGUGUCUGUGUUAGAAGAGCUAAAAACAUUCAGUAUAAUUCAAAGUACCAGAAAGUUUGCAGGACAUUACAGAGGAGGCCCUUUGCCUUUAAUGCUGCUAAAUGAAGCUUUGGGUUUUGUGACUGUAUUCUGUUCAAAAUCAAAAUGAGAGUAUCAGAGACUUUGUAGUGGAGGAACUUCAAAUAACUACAUUAGUGUAUUUGGACAAAGUAGUUAAGAACUGAUUCGCAAAGAAGACAGUCUGAGGGACCAAAACUCUUCACAAACUAGAUUUAUGUUGUAUGUCAGAGGAGUUUAAAGUCAGAAAAUAAAAAACCCAAAAGGUUUAAAUAUUUCAGUUUUUUGUUUUAAAAGCUAUUUCCUUUUUGUUUUAAAAAGGUUGAUAAAUAAAUGGGUUAAAUAACCCUGUAAUGAAAUGAAAUGACUUUGUUUACCCUAAAGAAUUUCUGUAUGUGAUUUAUUUCUUUAGUCACAGAACUGAUAAACUGUGGACAGAUUUUAUUCUGAUAGAAGCUCUGCAGUGUUGCUUCACAUGGGUUCUGCUGAAAUCUGGAAGCAUUCUGUCAGUGCUCAGUUUGGCUUUUUCAUUUCUUAGAAUGUGAUACCAAUAUAUCUGUUGACAUAAAUUAUUUGUUCUUUAUGAAAGAUAGUUGUUUUAGCAGCUGCAAAAAGUGUUGGUCCAUAAAUUGUUGAGAUAUUUGAUCAGUAAAUGAAGCUCAUCACUGUUCCAUUUUGUUAUGUGAAUAAAUGUAGCUUGUGUAGUUCAUACUGGUUGUAAAACAAACAAACAAAAGCUUAUAUGUAUAUGUGAUUUCUUAUAUUUUGUGUACUAAUACGUAUUGAGUGUAAAUUGCAGAGCCUCAUUAAAAGUUAUCAAACUGUA